UUUUUUAUAUACGUUAGACAUAUUGUUCAUUCUUGUUUUUCGUUCAAUAUUGCAUUUCAAUUAUAUGUCCUCGAAUCUUAUCUGUAAUUAUUAUCUCUAAUACUGAUAUAAAAACAGCUAUCUGAAAUUCAAUAUACAAGCAAAUAUCUCAUUAUAUUAAAACGAGAUAUUCUGAUUUUUAAAGUUGUUCUACAUAAUACAAAUUCUAAUAAUGAAAACAAAAAUUAUUAUGAUAACUUCUGGUAUUAUUAUAUCAGAAGUAAUUUGGCGUUUAUAUAAAUUAUAUAAACAUUCUCAAAGGAAAGCUGUCAAGAUUUCUAAUGGAUGUGUAAAACAUCCAUGCAAAGAUACAAGGAACAGAGCUAAAAUCUCUGAAGUCAUGUUUUUUUCGAACGAAUCUGCUCUAUGUCGACCACAUUUGGAACGCCGACAAUUAUGUGAAAAAGCAAAUUGUGCAGUAGGACACUUCAAGAGGAUUAUAGAUUAUUUGGAUUCUGCAACUGAUACUCUGGACAUAUGUAUGUAUUUUUUUACCUGUUUACCCUUAGUAAAGGCAAUUAUACAUGCUCACAAAAAAGGUGUCGUUGUAAGGAUAGUAUUGGAUGAAUCUAUGACACAAAACGAUGGAAGCCAAACUAUGUGCUUUUACAAAGAAGGCAUUAAGCCAAAAUUUAAACAACUAGAUGUCUUAAUGCACCAUAAAUUUGUUAUAAUUGAUAAUAAUAUUUUAAUAACUGGCAGUACAAAUUGGACCAUGGCAGCAUUUUUUGGAAAUUUUGAGAAUUUGAUGGUGACCAAUGAAUCAGGAUUAGUUAAACCAUUUAUAAACGAAUUUGAAAAUAUAUGGACAAUGUUUAAUGCUAAGGAAGCUGAGUCUAAAAAAUAUACGUUAACAUAAUAGUUUAUUUAUUUUAAAAUGUUUAUGUUAAUUUUUUAAACAGAAAGUAUAUUUUUUUUAUUAUGUCAUGUACUAGUUUAUUAUAUGUAU